UGCUGCAGGUCAUGCACAUUUGACUGAUUUUAACAUUGCAACAAGACUGGCCAAGGAUGCUCUGGCGUGCAGUAUGUCCGGCACCAAACCCUAUAUGGCACCAGAAGUAUUUAUGUGCGCCCUGGACGAAGUGGCUGGCUACACAUAUCCUGUCGAUUGGUGGUCACUGGGUGUUGUGGCUUACGAAAUGCGGGCCAACAUACGACCAUUUUCGGUACACUCAAAUACGGCUUUGGUGGAUGUCAAGCACAUACUAAGUUCGCCCGUACAUUAUCCACGCUAUUGGAGUCCUGAUUUUGUGGAUUUAUUAACGAAGUUGCUGUGCGUACAUCCGGGUGGUCGCAUAAGUUCCCAGCAAGAACUACAACAAACUCCACUGUUGCGUCAUAUCGAUUUCAAAGAAGUGCUGGAGAAAAAGACAAAACCUCCCUUUAAACCCCCCGAGGACCAUUUGAAUUGUGAUCCCUGCCUUGAAUUGGAGGAAAUGAUUGUUGAAACCCGCCCCCUACACAAAAAGAAGAAACGCCUCGCCAAACAACGUUCAGCCCAGCGUGACAGCGAUCCCGAAACGGCAUUAGUCAAGGAAUUCAUUGUCUAUAAUCGUUUCAAGGAACUCAAACGUAAAGACAUGGAGAAGAAGGAGCGCGAAUGGGAACGUGAACUGGAGGAGGCAAUGGCAAAUUCGGUUGUCACGACAUUGGCACCCAUAAUGGAGAAGCCUUCCGAAACCCUAACUGUGUCUUCCAUGCCGCAUGCCGAAAACGCACCAAAUGACACCAUGACAAAUACGACGAAUAACACGAAUCGACAAUCGUCAAAGAAAUCGACAACAAUGACAACGCUUAGUUCCAGUUUACAGAUGUGCUCCAAUUGUCAGAGAUCCGAUUCGAGAAAAUCGAAAAACGCAGAAAGUUUAGAAUAUAUUGAUCGUUCGCCGUCACCGAAUACCAUCGGUGGUGCAACGUAG